CUCUGACAACCUCGAAGAAUGACCCGCCUCACGAUGAUGCUCGCCGGCGCCGGCGUCGCCUCGGGCCUGAUGGUCGGCACCGCGCCGGCCGCGCGCACCUCGGCAGUGCAGAUGCAGGUUGCGGGCGUUGCGGCCGCGCCGGGCCUCGACAUGCGCGGCUCGACCGGCAACCCCCUCGCCGCCGACUCCUCCAUCCUCGUCCAGGGCGGCUCGCUCCGCACCUGGUCGUACCGCUCGCCGUCGGUCGAGCAGGUCCAGGUGGUGCUCAGCACUGAGGGCCGCCCGCUGGACGCGGACAUCGAGCUGUGGCAGGGGCCGGACAACACGCCGUGCAAGAUGCGCGUGUACGUCGAGAACGGGCAGCUCCGCCCCUUCAGCGCCGUCGUCGAGACGCCCCGCGGCCCGAACACGAUUGCCAUCCGCAACAUCGGCCAGAUCGAGUUCCCCCUCGCGGCCAACGUCGUCGCGGACAACGUCGACAGCCCGUCGGCCGAGUGCCUCGACACGCGCAUGACCAUCCAGGGCGGCGCCCUCCGCACCUACCCCUUCGACCCCUCGGUCGACAGCGUCCAGGUGAUGCUCAAGACGGACGGCCGGCCGCUCAACGCGCGGAUCGAGCUGCUGCAGGGCCCGAACAACAACAAGCAGGUGAUCGAGCUGUACACGGAGGACGGCCUCGACCGGCCCUUCUUCUGCAUCCUCGAGACCCCCGGCUCGGGCAACGUCGUCCGCGUCGUCAACACCGCCCCCGUCGAGUUCCCGAUGACUGCCGGCGUCGUGCCCAACUCCAUCAACCAGCAGAUGUCGUACGACGCCGUCCUCGGCGGCGACGUGGUCCUCGGCGGCGACGCCGGCUGGUAAGAACCCCGUACCCCGCCCGCAUGCGGCGGCGGGCCGCACGGUCGCGCGCACCCCGAAGAACAGGGGGCGGCAUGGGGAGGGGGGCGCGCACGCGCCCGAUCGUAGGCCUCUUCCGCCCGCGCCCGCCGCGCAGCGCCACCGCCCCGCCGCAACCACUUCCCCCGCAACCAUGAUGCUGCAUACAAUCGUACGCCAGUGUGUGCUAUGUGUGUCCCUGUAUGUGCACUGGUCUCGUGUGUGCGCCAGCCCGGAAUGCACCUCCCCAGCAGUUCAGUGUGAGAGGGAGGGUGAGGGAAGAGCGCACGGCGCGAGCGCCGCGCGUGCCCUUCCGACUCUGUAUAUGUCGUCCGGACUUUAAGAUUGAGCUCUGAGAAAAG